AUGACUGAAAUGGGCUCCCAAUCAGCAGUGGAGGAUGAACUGGAACGCAUCCUCAGAGCCUCUGGAAUUGAAUCUAGUCCAGUGGACCCAUCUUCUAUGGAAUUCUUACGGCAAUUAGUCGUCCAAAAGAAGAAGAAGAAGAAGAAGAAGAUUCCAACCACGGAACGUAGAACCCAAUUGAAAGAAUCACCUGCAGGGCAACAAGAAGGUGAAGAGCGUAAUGGCAAGCCAGCAGCAGCUUAUGCAUCCAACACGGCAGCAGACAAUGCUAGUCAUAACAACAGCGACAGCAACAGCAACAACAACAACAACACUACGUCCAGUGGCGCUUUGUCCAAUUCGGAUGCCACCAUGAUAGUGGAACAACUCAAAAUGCAAACCAAUCUUAUAUUAUCCUUGCAAGACAAGAUUCAAGUCUUGACGGCAAAGGUGGAUGACAUGGAAUUGAGAGCAAGUGAGGAUACUACUACUUCUACUACUACUGCUACUAGGACAAGGGAACAACAGGACGCGUCCGGUCGCGUGCGAAUCAUUCGGCGAGACGCACAUCCCAUUCCACCGCCUCGGGAUGCAGAGGCACCACGACGUGCAAAUGGAAUCUUUGGCAAUCGACCAGUGGCGGCUGCUGCGGCUGUUCCCGCUGCGGCUGGUCCUCAAGAACUCCAACCCAAUGUGUUUGCCUGGUUCUUCGAAACGACUCGUCUCUUUUGGGUAUUGAGUCGAGACUAUGUCCGACCAAUUGAUGGCGCUUUGCUUUUCAAGCUAGUGUUCAUGACCACGGUAGUAAUGGCACGGGUUUCCAAGAAUUCGAACAAAAACAGCAGCAAGAAUAAUAAGGAUCCCAAAAUCCUAUUGGUGUCCGCCCUGUUAAUGCUGGGCUUUUUGUUUCACACUCGCUACAUACAAUACGUCUAUCAAUUUCUUUGGAAACAAAAUGUACCGGGCCGUGUCUGGAAGGGAGAAGUAAACAUUACCAUUCCACCACCCGAUCAGGAUGAUCAUCAGGAUAAUUGGAACAACAACAACAACAACAAUAACAAUAACAACGAAAGGGAGAACAACCAACCUCGGGGACCCAAUCCCGUUCCUCCACGAUUCAGACGACCCAACCAACGAGCACAAGGGGAAGCACAACCAGCGGCGGCUCGUCGUUGGUGGCAACAAAAUGAUUUGCUGGUGGGUGGAGUGGCGCCCAUUGAGAAUGAACAUGGGGAUGCUCCUGCCGCUGUCAAUCCUGCCGUGGCAAUGGUUCAAGGAAUGUACUAUCUUGUAGGAAGCUUUGUCUUUUCCAUUUUUCCCAUGUGGAAUCCACAAGGACAUCGUCAACGACGACCACUACGAGAAGAACGAUUGGAUGCUGAUGCUGCUGCUGAUGUCGGUGGUGGUGGUGGUGGUGACAACAACCAUAAUGCCAACAACGGCAACAAUGACGACGAUCCAAGAAUGAUUCCUCAAGUGCAGGCUCCUCGAGAUGCCAUGGAAGCAGCAGAUGAUAGUGAUGAUGAUAGUGAGGGCGAGCAAAACUAG